UGGCUGUUUGCGAUUUGAAUGAAUUAUUUCCUUGGUUUGAUGAAUUUUCUGUUUGUUUCUUUGGAAAACUAUUAGUUUCUGCUACUGCUGCUUUUGCUUUCUUUUUAUUUGUUGCUGAUGGUAAUUGAAUUUGUCUGGUGGCUUGCUUUUGUAUUUGUAGAGGUUGGGUUUCUUUUUAUCUUGGUGGACAUAGAGGAUUUUCCCUUUUUUUUUUGGUAAAAAAUAUUUUUACUUUGUUAUUGGAGUCUAGCUUUUUUAGAACACCUGAAAUCACGGAGGAAGAGUCCUUAUUUUUAGAAAAAUAAUGGAAACUACGGUGUGGAGGAUAAUUCAAGGAUAACUUUUUUUCCUAUAAAAAAGAUGAGACCCACUUUUAUUGGAUUUGUUACUUUCCUUUCUUUCUUCAAACUGAAACUGAUUUGAGUUAUCUUACUACGAUGCUCCCUUCUGAUAAUUCAUGAGCUGAAUUUCAAAUUCUUACGAUUGGUUUUCAUCCAUUUUUUAAUGCUAGGUUUAGGCACUGGUCUUUCUCUGCUUCUGUGUUUAAAUUAGCCACGGAAUACAAAAAUUAUAGUUGAAGUAACAAUUUUCUUUCCAUGAACCAAAGGAGUAGGAAUAUUGGAUUUAUUCAACCGUAUUGAGAAUUGCUUGGUUUUUGGUAACUAGAGACUUGAGGAUUGUAAAUCACUAGUCAUGGAUGAAUAUUCUGGUAAAAAAGCUGGCGAUGGGAUUGUUGUUUCUAGAAAGGGAUCUACUCUUGUUUUGAGGGAGAAUGCUAAUAACAAAGAGCGAAAUGCUCAAUUUUGCAACCGAAUUGGGUGUAGUGGGAGAAUAAACUAUGCAAAAGGUACUCAAAUUAGUUAUUCAGAGAAAGCCAAAUCUUCUAGGCAAUCAUUCCGGUCUCCCUCGAAUGGCAAGGAAAUAAUUGGAAGUUCUUCUAGGACCUGCUCUGCUACCAGCAAUCCUAGGAAAUCAUUUUCAGGACCUCGGAAAAAACCAUCUCCUAAGUCUGAAAAAGAUCCGUCUGAAACUGGUAGUUUUCAGGAUGAUAAUGAACUGCCGGAACUAUUAACUCCUGAGAAGGUCCAAAAAGGUCUUGGCUCUGAAUCUGGUGAUGCUGGGCCUAGUGAGAACAACUCAAAGGAAGUUGGUAGUACUAGCAUGCCAAGCGCAAGAUCUCGAAGGAGUUUUCAUCAGAAAUCAGGAAUAGGUAAACCAGAUACAGUAAUAGGUUCAUCCAUUUUGUCGACAUCUAAAUGCACAAGCCAAGGGGCACAUGCUAGUGCAAACAGGUAUGGUCUAAGAAACCUUAGAUGCAGUUCAUUAUCCGAUGUUGUCCCUACAGGAUCUUCAACAUCAAAACCAAAUCUCCUUAGACAAAAAGACACGGUCAGGAAGAGAAUUUGUGAUGGAGAGAGUAGUUCUUCUGCCAGAGGGAAAAAGAUAAGCCCAUCACUGGAAGGGAAGAAUUCUAGUUCUAGCUCUAGUGUCUCAAUUUCUGAUUCAAGAACCAGAAAUGGGCCUCCCAGAUGGGACAAUGGUCCUGCUUCAGUUAGGACUCGAAGAUCACUCGGGUACACUAGGACAAGGGCUGCUAAUCAAGGAAGUCAGCCAAAUGAGCCCCAUGUAAUCCCACAAAUAUCUCAACCUAUUUUGCCAAUCGAUUCAAAUUCUCCUACUUCUUCACACCAAUUCUCUUUGGAAUCCUCCCCAAGUCACUUGCAGUCUUAUGGUCGUCCUGGCAGUAGCCACGAGAGUUCUCGGGGCAUUAGGCCACCUAGUCCUGCAGAAUUUGGCAACAUCCGGUCUUCCAUGGGUCGGGAGAGCUUCCGGCGCUACAAUAUGGAUGGAAUUGCUGAGGUGUUAUUGGCACUUGAGAGGAUUGAACAAGACGAAGAGCUAACAUAUGAGCAAUUGCUUGUUCUGGAGACUAGUUUGUUCCUUAAUGGGCUGAAUGUCCAUGACCAGCAUAGAGACAUGAGGUUGGAUAUUGAUAACAUGUCAUAUGAGGAAUUAUUAGCUCUAGAAGAAAGGAUGGGUACUGUAAGCACAGCACUAACUGAGGAAGCAUUGUCGGAAUGCCUUAAGACUAGCAUCUAUCAGUCGGCAUCUCUGGAGGAUGCUACUUUGGACCUUUGUGGUGAGAAGGCUGAUAUCAAAUGCAGUAUCUGCCAGGAAGAUUAUGCUGUUGGAGAUGAAGUGGGAAGAUUGCAAUGCGAGCAUAGGUAUCAUGUGGCUUGCAUACAUCAAUGGUUGAGGCUGAAGAACUGGUGCCCCAUUUGCAAGGCAUCUGCGGCACCCUCAUCAUCACCACAAUCACCUUCAUCAGUUGAUGAAUAAAUUGGAUGUUUGAGACUGAUUUUUCAUUUUGUACAAAUUAAGUCCGUCUCAUACAUCCAUUUUUUUUAAUUGUCAUAUAUUUUUCCAAGUAAAAUGGAAGAUCAUUUUCUUUUAUGUACAUACAUUUCUCUUUCUUGUCAAUAGACUAAUAAACUGGGGCAUCAUUGCCUUUACAAUGAUAACUUUUUCAUCUAUAAAAACAGUUUAACUGUGAAUAAAAUUGUUUA